UGUUUACUAUGUGUUGUUUUGUCAUUUUUUUCUAAACACUUCUCAAUUUCAUUUUUUGUUCACGAUGCGAAUCACAGCACUACGCUCAAUAGCCAAAAUUAACCACAAUGUACUACAAAAUUCUUGUCGGCUACACUCAUUCAAAUUCGAAAUGACGCCGGCCAAACGGCCGGCGUCAGACCAGCAAGAGGAGUCCGCGCCCGCCGCGGAAGACACCUCCAAGAAGCCUCCCACCAACUUCCGGUACCAAGUCUUCCAGCCGCGCACCUCCGCCAUCGAGAAGCCCAGCAUGGAGGGCGACACGUCGGUCGUGCAGCGGCAGUCGGCGAAGGCCGCCAUCGAAGAGCAGCACCUGCAGCCGGCGAUGCUGCCGGAGUACUUCCAGAAGCAGAUGGAGAAGAACGCGCUGAUGAACCCCGACCCCGAAUGCUCCGAGGGAAACAGGACGGGGCAGGGACAGCUGACGCAGACUCAGAGGAGGUUUCAGGUGUCCAAGACCUGCGCCAACGCCAUCCUCCCGCUCAAGAGCGUCAAGCUGGCCAACCCGUUCCCCGAGCCGGUCAAGAUGAUGAUGUCGAGGACCGUCUCCGACGACGAGAAGGCCGAGCAGAUGCUGGCCGACGCCCGCAGCCAGCGGCAGUUGUGCGACGCCCCCAACAAGAACUUCCGGACUUUCGCGACGGCGGCGAAGCGCUGGUUUUCUUCGUCGUCGAAAGAGAAGAGUUCGGUGGUGACUACCGACUCCGAUAAGUGCAAGAAGGCGAAGAAGAAGACAGAGAAAGGAGGAGCGUGCCCGAAAAUGCAUUUGAAAGGCUGCCCCCCGAUACAAGCCUCGACCACCUGUAAACGUGAAGCUAGAAACAUUAACUGCAAAAAACAAGAAGCGCCGUAUCCUGCGUAUAGUGAGUUCUGUCACGAAGAUCCUCCAGAGAAACCCUCCGAAUGCAAACUGUGUCCGUGGAGGCCCGAAGACAACCCCAACUUCAAACCACCCAAGAAGAAGUUCCACACUUCGAGCGGGGCGAAGGUGCGUCGCAGCGGGCUAGAAAUGGAGUACCAGGAAGCGGAAGUCGACGUGGACGUAGAGGAGGCGGUGGCGGGAGAGCAGCGGAAAGGAAUGCAGUGCGAUUUGCGUAAACCCCCGUGCGACCGGCCGAAGGACACCCGCUGUCCCGCCCCUAAAGACAAAAAGACAAAAGACGAAAAAAAGAAGAAAGAUAAGAAGAAAACCGUCUCACAAUUUUUGGAAGACGAGAUCCUAGGGCUAAAAACUCGACCCGCCUUUUCGCUCUCGUUGUCCUCGAGCGACAAGGGCGAGCCGUGCAAAACGCCCUGUAAGAAGUUCAAGUUCCCGGAAUGCAAGCAGAAGGUCAAGGAGAAAGAAAUCGUCGAGGACAAGUGUCCCAAGAAGAAGAAAAAGCGGAAAAUUGUCGACUGCCCGCCAGAGGAUGAGAACAAGAAAUGCGCUCCGCUGAGGGAGUUAGUGGGGUAUAGUUUGACUGGUGGAGGGGGCAAUGACAAAGAGAAGAAGAAAUGUCCCGAAAUCGAUCUGACCGUUUUUAGAGAAGAUAGAGAAGAUCCGUGCACUUUGAAGAGGAAAGGAACCACGAAGGUCUGUCCGGGUGACUUGCUGAAGAAGAAGAAGAGGGGGCCCAAGAAGAAAGCUAGUGGGAUUAUUACGCCCGUCGAGUCUAAAACCAAGAUGCCUCAACAAAGGAAAACCAUAUAGAUGUUGAUAAAUGUGUAAAAUAAAAAUCAAAAAAAGUUUAAAGAACAA